CUUUGCUCAGCCUGGAAUCCAAGUUAAAUAAUAAAAAAAGAUUUCCUUUCCUUUUUUUGCAGGAAAUUUUGUGUAAAAUCGACAUCUUGAACAUGGGUUUCUUGAUAACAACCCUAAUUUUUGCUGUAAUUGGGAUAAUCGCAUCGCUUUGUACCAGAAUCUGCUGUAACAGAGGUCCCUCUGCUAAUCUGCUCCACCUAACACUGGUCAUUACGGCAACAGUCUGUUGUUGGAUGAUGUGGGCAAUUGUAUAUCUUGCACAAAUGAAACCACUCAUCGUCCCCAUUUUGAGUGAAGGAGAGUGAGACCCUUCACACAAUCGAUUCAGAAUUGUGUUAGAAUCUAGUUGU